CGUCAAGCCCCCGGAGGUUAUUGAAGACGAAGACACCAAGGGAACCAAGGGACAAUACCAGCGCGACGGAGAGGGCAGCCAACGUAGCCCUGGUUGCCGCUGUAUCAUUCAAUAAACGGGCAUCCUUGUGUUUCCGCAAACCUGGAAGAUUGGGGGACCGCGGUCAUCCAAACUGCAUUGAUCGACUGUUCUUUGUCCCCACCGUGGCCGCAGCAAUGUACAGCAGGCUGGUUGGCUGGCUUACAUCAUUGGGCCUAAAGAACAACCCCCAACUUUACCCCCAUGUUUCCUCGCCUAUAUUGCUCGGUUUGCCUUUUCUGUUCUCGAGUUGCUUGGGCGAAGACUCAUUGUCUGAUGGCUUCGAUGCAGGAUAUCUGGCUCGUCAGCUGGACGGCGUUUCUGGAGACUGUUUACCUUUCGGCGCCGAGACGUCUGCGACUUUUUCCAUCCCGACUUUUAUCAGAACGGCCCGUGCUUGGCCUGCAUUCCAUGAGCAGCUUGAUGCUUCUCAUGUCCGCAUCCCGGUUCACUAUAUACCCCCACUUCUAUUUUCGAAUCUUCGUUGCUCCUUUCCUUGGACUGGUCAGACCUGUCACCAUUUCUGUUCGUUUACUGUAGCAUCUUCGGCUUUCUCUCCGAUUGACAAUAUGACCGGAUCUUUCAUUUGUUUUCGUUCGGGCAAAUUCCUUCGUUCUCCUAUUUCUUUCCUUCUUGGUCAUGGGCGUCAUUGUUUGGCAGGAUGUAUCUAUUCCAUUGACUGUCCCAUGAGGGCUUCUGGCUGCACAAUCUCUAAGCGGGUUGGGUACACCCCCGCGCAUUUCUUGUAUGUGCAAGUAUAUAGUGUUUGCUUGCUCCUUAUCUAUCCAUUAACGGAGAAGCUGAUGUACAAACUGUCUAUUUCUUCGGCUUUUCCAGCCGUCACUUUGCUGAUAAUUCAUAUUAAUUCCGAGUGGUAGAUUCCGUGACAAAUUCGUGUGUAACCACUGGCGCCUGAUUUCCUUCAGCUCCCCGGGGCUUCCACUGUCGACCCCGGCAGGUGACCACUAUUUUACGUAAACAGCCUACCCAGUUGCUGAAGACUAGGCAAGCCGAAAGAAACAGCCUGAAAGAGUCAUGGUACCACACGCCUAGAUCUAUAUGAAACCUAAUGGCGACCUGUAUGAACAAUGAAGAGGACAAGGACAUCAUAUUAAAAAC